AUGAAUCUGGAUGCCGAGUUAGCUGGAAGAAAAAGGGUUACACAGUUGCAUGAGCUAGAAGAGUUAAGGAUUCAUGUCUAUGAUAAUGCAAAGGUAUACAAAGAGAAGACUAAAAGGUGGCAUGACAAGCAUAUUGUGUUACCGACCUUCCAUCCUGGUCAACUAGUGUUGUUGUUCAAUUCUAGGUUGAAGAUGUUCCAAGGAAAGCUCCAAUCUAAAUGGAGUGGUGUUCCAGAGGAGAUCUUGGACUACAUGGCCCCAUUUUACCUAGAAGUUCUGGGUAUUACACGGACCAAAGGGCUUGACACUGACUUAGGCCCCACCAUAACCACUGCAAAGCGUCACUGA